UUGUCUCUUCAUAGUAAAAAUACUUUAUUAGUAAAAAAAAUGGCAAUUAUGAAGAUGCUCAUAAUGUUAGUGGUGGUUGCAAUUUUAUUUUGCAGCCACCACCAAGUGAUCGUGGCGAAAGAAGUCGCCCUGGUCGAUGAGGGAAAUGAGUCACUAAGCUCAUUCCCAUUUGAUUUUCUAUGUCAACAUUUGUCGUGGCCGUAUCCAUGGCCACAACCAUGCCAUCGUUCCAGACCAAGGCCACGGCCACGACCACGACCACGGCCACGACCACGACCACGGCCACGGCCACGACCACGUCCGCAACCACAACCACGACCACAACCAUGCUCACCACCACCUCCACCACGGAGAUCACCAUCGCCUCCACCACCGAGAUCGCCACCACUUCCACCACCAAAAUCACCACCACCACCCGCCCCAACAACGACUUGCUCGGCUAGUGACCAACAACAAGUGAAGACAUGCAUGUACGAGACAACUUCGAUCGAUGCAUGUUGCCCUAUAUUCAAAAAGAUACUUGGAACUAGUUGUCCUUGCUAUAAAUAUGCUAAGGCUUUGGACAAUCAAAUCUUGAUCACUCUUGAAGCUUAUUGUGAUGUUAGUACCCCAUGCAAGGGUGUGCAAGUGAUUAAGCUAUUCAACGAUGAGUAAAGAUGAAGUUUGUGAUGCUUAAUUAUUUUGUUUUAGAUUAUUUUAAUUUCUUUUUAUGUUGUAAAGUCUCAAGCUAGUUAAUAAUUAAUAACUAUGUUAUAAGACUUUUAAUUUCUAGGGGUACUUUUGUAAUUGCGCAUAAGCAAUUUUAGUAGUACUAAUAAAGAUGUUUUUGUAUUGUUAUCCA